CUUUAAUCGUAAAUGUAAAUAACACAAGAAAAUCUGAAAAAUCUUAAAAAUGGAUCAAAUAAAGGAUUUGUGCAGACUUUGUGUCAGUGAAAUAACAGAGAAUCCUAAAUCGCUUUUUGAUUCUUACAUAGAAGAAAGUCCAGUUGUGGAUGUCAUUCGAAAAUUCUGUUUUAAAAUUACCGUACUUAAAGAUGACAAAUUAUCAAAAUAUAUUUGUGAAAAUUGCUAUAAUAUCCUGCAUAAUGCACAUGAUCUAUGUGAAAGGAGUGCUCAAUCCGAACGAGAGCUUCAUUUGAUGCUAUCUGAUGUAAUUAUAAAAGAAGAACAGAUAGAUUACGAUGAUGAAGAUUAUAGUAUGAAAAUGAUGGUUCAUGACGUUUCAAUGAUCAAACCAGACAUAGAAUUAAUAGAAGGCAAGAAUGAACUAGAUGAGGAGGAUGUCAAAGAAGAUAAAAAACCCAAAAGAGUAAAAAGGCAUCAAUGUAAAACUUGCUUGAAAAUGUUUGAAAAACCAUCGAAACUUGCUAGGCAUGAAAAGACUCAUGAUGUCAAUAGAAGACCAUUCGCCUGUGACGAUUGCUUUCAACGAUUCCAAACGGCUGAAUCACUUGAAAGACACAAAAUUAUACAUUCUGGAAUGACAUUAAAAAUUGGACCAGACGUAAAAGAAUGGCCUUGCAUCAUGUGCGGUAAAGUGUUUGAUACACAAACAACAAUGGCCUCACACAUGAGGAUUCAUAAAGAUGAAAUGGAGAAGAUUGAAUUUCCAUGUAAUUUAUGCGAUCGAGUCUUUCAGAAACUUAAUGAGCUGACUAGACAUUCGAGAACUCAUGCAGAAAAUAAGAACUAUAAAUGUCAGAUUUGUUCAAAAAUGUUUUCACAAGGAUCACAUCUAAUCGACCAUCUGAAUCGCCACAAUAAUGUCAGACCUCACGUUUGUCAUGUAUGUAAUAAAGCCUUUCAGCAGUCAUCGACCUUAAAAGAUCAUUUAAGGACGCACAGUCAGGAAAAACCAUUUCUAUGUAGCACUUGUGGAAAGUCAUUUAAUAAUCCAUCAAAUCUUCGUCAACAUGUUAAAAGGCACAUGAAUUUAAAGGAAUUUGAAUGUCAUUUAUGUCCUGGAAAGUUUUCUUGCAAAGCAUCUCUGCAAUCGCACAUUAGGUCCCAUGAAGGAAUCAAAAGUCACACCUGUCAAAUUUGUGGCUCUUCGUUCACAAAGGGAAGUUCUCUAAAGAAGCAUGUACGAACCAUCCACGAAGGAAUAAAGGAACAUCCAUGCUCGACUUGUUCUAUGAGAUUCUCAAGUGCUGAACAUCUCAAGAGACAUUUUAGAACCCACAGUGGCGAAAAGCCUUACAAAUGUGACCAGCCUGGCUGUGACAAGGCUUAUGCUCAAUCGAAUGAUUUGUUAAAACAUAGAAAAUUCCAUUUGGGUGGAGAAAAUGUCUACAAAUGCACUUACGAUAACUGUGACGAAUCAUUCAGACUUAAGAGCUUACUACGUGAUCAUUACGCCGUACAUAAACAAGCAUUCAUUCCAGAAGAUGAUGAAGAAGAUGUUCCAUGUUGAGUAAAUAAUGC